AAUGGGAAAUAACAAUGUCUGCUUAGCUGAAAUACCUGUCUAUCGAACUCAUCACACCUCACCAAAGUCAAAAACCAAAUGGAAAAGAGAAGAUUUAAAAUCUGGCUCCUGUAUAUAAACACUCGUCGAUAAAGAAAACAAUCCAGAUUUCUUUAUUCACUACCAAUGCGGUUAAGAGCUACCUUAAUAUCGCAAUAAAUUAGCCUAAACGAAAUGGUCUGAAGCUGUUAAUAGCAGCUUAUGCACAAUUAAUGAUUCAUAACAAACGAUUAAUUCUUUGAUUGAUAAACCUGAAUUCAGGGAACUUGUACUAUUGGGUCCACCUAAAUAAUUGAGAUGGCUCAGUUGGAUGAAGUUGCUAACCAAAUCCCAACCUCCUAUUAGUUAUGAAAAAUAUUUAGAAAAUCCACCAACAGACAUAUCGAAUAUUAUAAAAGAUAUUGAUCGCACCUUUGUUGAUAAUGCUUUGUUUUCGCAUUCAAGUUGUGGAUAGGAACAAUUAAAAAGAGUUCUCUGUGCCAUAUCUAAUGCCCUACCUACUAUGGGCUAUUGUUAAGGGAUGAACUUCGUUUGUGCCGUUCUGCUUAUUGUAUCUGGUUGUGAUGAGCAUCAAGUAUUUUAAGCCUUUAUGUAAAUGCUUAUUAAUGAACAACACCUUCUGUGUUUUGCUUUCUCCAAUGACAUGCCACUCCACUUUUUCUUAACUAGCUUGAUACAUUAUCAAAUUAAAAAGAAAUUUCCAAAACUUAACUUAAGUGAUAUAAGUGAUUCAUUUUGGUUGAGUAAAAUGAUUCUAUCCUUAUUCACUUAUGUAUUCAAAAUGGAAGAUUGUAUAAGAUGUUGGGACUAUUUGAUGGUUCGUGGAAUGAUCCGUGGCAUCCCUGAAUUGAUUCUUGCAUUCAUAGAUGCCACUUACAAUUAAUUAUGUAAAUUUUAGGAGGAAGAUUUUGCUUAUAAUUUUAAAGGUCCUGAAACUACAACAAUCAAAUUUAAUGUUGGUGAACUCAUAUAUUUAGCCAAGUCUAAUCAUAGCUUAGAUAGAUCAUUCAUAUCUAAAUUCGCCAAGAAAAUGAAAGACAAAAAUAAUCCUUCCUAAUUAUUAGACCUUUUAUAAUAUUACAACAAUCCUCAACUCUACAAGAAACAAGUAUCAUUCUAUAUUAACACUAUUUAUUAUUAAUGUUGA